UGAGGUGCCCGUCGAAUUUCUCACGAUCGACAACUGGUUUCGCGCCGCAGAUCCCACUGGAAGUGCACUGCACUCUAAGAAGAGUGGCAAGAAUUUUCGUAUAUAAUUGGAUUAUAAUUUCCAAGUAGAGCACAGACGCAAUGGAUCCGCUGAGACUUCUGUUGGUAGGUCUGCUAGCUCUGGGCUGGCUGUGCGAGGUGACACCAUCGAAGCAUCAUCGGCAGUACGAGGACGAUGAGGAUCAUCAGUAUCUGCCGCCGGAGGAGGAGCACAUCCUGAAGCCGUUCUUCCGCAAGGACAAGCACACGAGUGAACAUGUUGUCUACCACAAAGGUGAAGAGCAUCACGAGCCCAAGCGCGUGGAUCACUACCAUCACUACGACAAGCAGCCGGACCUGAAGACCAACCACAUACACUACCAGCAAGCGGUGCCUCAACUGCGCACCGCUGGCCUUCUGACCGCUGCUCCCUCACAGAUCGUCACACGUCGUCGUCGACCCAAUCGCGUGCUCUAUGCAAGCGCACCCAACUCUGUCUUCCAUACGCAGAUCAAUGUGCAAUCGCAGGACUCUGAAUUGAGCUCCCAGAUAAGUACUGAUCCUCUUGUGUCGGGAAUCGUAUUACCCACGGGUGCCCAGGCUCCAACGGGUGCCCAAUCUCCAACAGGUGCUCAAGCUCCAACGGGUGCUCAAGCUCCAACGGGUGCUCAAGCUCCGACUGGUGCUCAAGCUCCAACGGGUGCUCAGGCGCCUGUAACUUCUUUGCCCAAUUGCCAGUUCCCAGUUGCUGGAAAUCCUCCCAUUGGCUGCCGCGACGGUGGCCCGACCGGUGCUCAAUUAGGAGCUAAUGCCUUACCAAAUGGCGGACAGCUACCUGCCAAUACUGGACUCCCACCUGGAGGGGCACAGCUACCUGCCAAUACUGGACUCCCACCUGGAGGGGCACAACUGCCAACCAAUGCUGCACCACCAGGUGGCGCACAGCUGCCAACUAAUGCUGCGCCACCGGGUGGCGCACAACUGCCAGCUAAUGCUGCACCACCAGGUGGCGCACAGUUGCCAGCUGGUGGUCAGUUGCCAGCAAAUGGAUUUCAGUUAAAUGGCCAAUUACCAAUUGGUUUCGUUCCCAAUUUAGGCAACGGCAAUAACCUCUUUAUUGAUCCCUCCCGAAACGGGUUUGUCAAUCAGAAUCUAUUCGUUCCAGCUGUAGGUGGAGGUGCGUUCAUAAAUGGCCAGGCUGGUGGGGUGGUGCAGCGACCCGGUUCGGUUGUCAUACAAAUCGAUCCUGGUAAUGGAAACACCAAUCAAUUUGUUCCGCUACUGGGCGCACAGUUAGCUGUUGGUCAGCCGCAGAAUGGUUUCAUUCCUGUGCUGGGUGCACAGCUUCCAGCUGGAGGACAGGCAGCAGCUUUUGGCAAUGGCAAUCCGAUUCAAGGAGGACAGCUACCCGCUGGAGGGCAAGCUCCAACUCUGGGUAAUCCUGUGCAGGGUGGGCAACUGCCAACUGGAGGACAAGCGCCAACUCAGGCCAACGGCAAUCCCGUCUUCGGAGCUCAACUCCAAGCAGGAGGUCAAGCGCCUAAUUUUGGCAAUGGUAAUCCUGUCCAGGGAGGACAAUUACCAGCUGGAGGACAAGGGCCAAAUUUUGGCAAUGGCAAUCCCGUCCUCGGAACUCAACUCCAAGCAGGAGGUCAAGAGCCCAAUUUUGGCAAUGUUAAUCCUGUCCAGGGAGGACAAUUGCCAGCCGGAGGACAAGCGCCAAGUCUUGGCGAUCCUGUCCAAGGAGGACAGCUUCCAGCUGGAGGACAAGGGCCAAAUUUUGGCAAUGGUAAUCCUGUCCAGGGAGGACAGCUUCCAGCGGGGGGACAAGCACCAACACUGGGUAAUGCCAAUCCCGUCUUCGGAGCUCAACUACCAGCUGGAGGUCCAGCACCCAAUUUUGGUAAUCCUGUCCAGGGAGGACAGCUUCCAGCGGGGGGACAAGCGCCAACACUGGGUAAUGGUAAUCCUGUUCAGGGAGCACAAUUGCCCACAGGAGCUCAAUCCCCAACUGGGAAUGGCAAUCCCGUAUUGGGCGCUCAAUUGCCUACUGGAGCCCAGUUCUUUACUCCCGUGCUUGGUGCUCAGUUGACAGCCAACGGAAAUGGCAAUGGAAACGGAAAUGGCAAUCCGAAUCUGGGCGCAGUGACUCUACGGCUGAAUGGGCGGCGCAAUGGACGUCGCUGGCGCAAUCGCAGCAACUACCAGGGCCUCAAUGUGCUGCGCGGUAAUGUCUUCGGUCACCCAAAUCCGCUGGGACCAACGGGUGUUGUCGGCAAUCAUCAGGAUACGAACAUCAUCGAUGGCAGCUUCUACAGCUAUCCGGGGCAGAGUCGCAUGCUGGUCCGCUUAAAUGGCAAUCAACGCUCAGUGCUGCUCACCGAUGGCGACUACUACGACGAUGACGAUCCAUCAAAUAUUGGCAUUGCCGCCAGCUCGCCAGAGCUGAGCUAUGCAGCGCCUCAGCACAAAGGAUCGCGUCACAGGGCCAGCUCCACGGCGUCCGAGCAUGGAUACCACUACAAGAAUCCCAGACAAAUUAAAUGAACUUAUCCAACUCUCCAUAAUGUAUAAUACGUAUUUCUAAAUAUAUCACGGCAAUUGCUAAAAGAGCAGAAAUCGAA